AUGAUUGAUGGACUGAUGAUUGGAAGUGAUUACGUUUUGGAAGCUUUAAAUAUUUACCACACAACUGAUGUCGAGUCUGGAGGAUGCUUUUCUGGUGAUGGAACAUCAGCAUUGGUUUUGAAAGGCGUGAAUCUGACACUUCAUAGUGGAGAGGUCAUGGCAAUUCUUGGUUCAAAAGGAUCUGGAAAACGUGCAUUGCUUGAUGUCAUUGCAAAGAGAGCAGAUGGAAGGGGACGAGGAACGGUUUUGUUGAAUGGAGCUCCAUUGACGAAAAACCUUUUUCAACAACGUUGUGCUUAUGUUACGCAUCAAGUUGAUUUCAUUCCCGGUUUGACAGUAUCACAAACACUUCACUACACACCAACAAUUCUCACCGGAUAUUUGAAGACUUCGAAAGUUCGACAGAUCUUAGCAGACUUGGCAUUGUCUCAAGUUUCUCAUAAGAAAGUUGAAAAUCUUAACAUCAGUGAACGUCGCCGUCUGGCAAUUGGAAUUCAAUUAGUUCGCGACCCAGUAAUGUUAUUACUCGAUGAACCGACUCAAGGAUUAGAUCCCUUGGCUGCUUAUUUACUUAUUUCCAUUCUAUCAAACACAGCUAAGAAAACAGGAUGUGGAAUAUUAUUGAGUUUGGAGAAACCACGAUCAGAUGUCUUUCCAUUUUUAGAUCGUGCUUUGUUUUUGUGUCUUGGAGGAGCAGUUUAUUCAGGCGGUACCCGCGCAAUGCUUGAAUAUUUUCACAACAUCGGAUUUCCAUGUCCACAACUUGAGAAUCCAUUAAUGUAUUAUUUAUGUUUGUCAACAGUUGACAGAAGUGAUAAAAUGGACGAUGUUGUCUCAGUGAAAAACUAUCAAGACGACGUUAGUGAUUCGUGUGGCUUGUCAAAGAAUGAAGUUAUAAAGUUACUUUAUAAUCAGGAUAACAGCAUAACACUCAUUGCACCAGAAAAGUUUAAAUCGCCGAUCUGGGAGCGGUUUCGCGUCGUACAUUACAAAGGUGUUAAGCUCAACUUCGUGCAGUGCAUUGGAUGUUCUCUCGUGCUUGUGUAUAAGUCGAGAACAGGAACGGCUUCACUAUUGCGGCAUCGUUGCGCAAGAUUCCCAAUUUCCGUUUAUGAUCUAAAAUUGGCGGCUGCUGGUCAUCACAUCGAUUUGUUGAACGAAAUGGCUUCGUCAUCGCAUAAUGGAACAAUUGAAUUAAAACAAGAGCUGCUCAGUGAUGAAGAGAGUUUAGAAACGCAAGACGUAAAUUGUGACGACGAUCAACAAUACACAAAUGAGCAGACAAACAAAGGAUUAAUUGAGUCGCUCUCAUUUCUUGAGAAAUCUUUCAUGACAGGCGAGGAAUUAAUGUUGUCACGAGAGGAAGUUGAACUUGCUCAACGUAAUAAUGAUCCUGAUUUAUUUUUUGAACGUCCUCGAAAUCAUCGACACAGCGCAACUUGGGAUCGCUUUGAAAUCGUUUAUUAUCGUGACAUACGACAAAAUUUCGCAAAAUGUUUGUCGUGCAGUUCCAUCGUGUCUUAUAAGAAAACAACUGGAACGGCGAGUUUAAUACGACACAAAUGUAAAAUAUCGAAGAAUCAUCAACAAGCAGUGAAGGUGGAGAAUCAUCAACAGCCUGUGAAAUCAGAGAAUUUGAUUAAUUUAUUGACACAAUCGAAAACACCUCCAGAAUUAACACCAGCUCCAGUAUUUGAUGCUCCGUCAUCAUCAUCGACCGCUGUCUCAUCAACAGCAACAAUUAAACAGCCAAGUUUGGUGAAAUCGAUAAGAUCUGAAAAUGUUUCUCUGCUGGAAAUCGCUGGCCGUAAUAUUGCACUCGAGCAGAUUAAUUGGCUGAGCCAGACACUUGUAACAUCGGAGAUCAUCAGCGACUCAACAUAUUUGAGCUUCCUUCAAAGUCUUGUAAAUUUCGGUGCCGAUUUUGGUAAACAUAAAAUCUCAAACAUCAUCAAUCGCAAUGCAAUUUGUCAACAUUUCAUUCCACGAAAAUGUGCCGAAGUUCAAAAUGAAUUGUUGAGUGCUUUAAGGGACACGGAAUUCUCAAUCUCGUUUCGUAAAUGGAGCAAUUUAAGAGAUGAACAUUAUGUGACUGUCUUCGGUUAUUAUUUCUCAUCUAAUUUUGAGUAUAAAAAUCAUAUUUUGGGAACGCGACGAUGUGAUGGUGAUGAUGAUGUGAUGAACGUUGUUAAAGAGAUCAGCGAUGGCUACAAGACUGUGAAAGAUUUAAAGUUGAAAUGCAUUUGUGAUGAAGCUGAAGAUGAUUUUGAAUUUUUUCCUUGCAUUGUACGACGAAUUUCCAUUGUGAUUGUAACAGCGAUGAAAGUCAACACUGAAAGUGAAAGAUUCUUCAAGAAAAUUUAUCAACUUGCACAUGAACAUCUCAACAUUCCAAUGAAAAAUUCUUUUGAAGAAUCGAGUGAUGAUCAGAAAGUGAGAAUUUUGUUUGAGUUUCAUCAACAGUUAAAAGCAAAUGAUGACGAUCAGAACGAUUCUGCAAUUGAAAGAUUUAUGAAGUUAUUUGGCAGUUUAUUCUCAGCUAUUUCAAGUCUCACAGAAACGACCGAAGACGGUGCACGUUGUGUGUCAGCAAAUAAAGUUUAUUUGUGGUUUAAGAAACUUUUAAAAACUUACACUUCGAUUAAGACGGAAGACGAGUUUGCUUGUGAGAUUCUUAAAUCUAUUGAGACGAUAAAAAUUCAUGAAAUUUAUCAAGUUGCUGUUUUUCUCGAUCCAAACUUUAAGAAUUUGAAAUUUCUUGACACUUCCGAACGAAAUGUUUUGCUUGAUAUCGUCAAGAAAAAUCUCCAAAAGAUGAUGGGCGAUGACGAUGGGACACAAAAUCAAUCAAAACGAAGAAAGCUUGACAAUAAUCCACCAAAAUCCCACGUCAAUGACACAUUCAUCGAGUUUAUGGACAUAACGAUGGAGAGUGUUGAUGAUCAAGUGAAUUCUGAGAUUCAAUGCUACAUGGGAUUUAAACUUGAGAAUCCUGUCGACAUCGUUGAAUUCUGGCGUGACAAUGACUGCUUUCCUUAUCUCAAGAAACUUGCUCGUAACUUUCUGAACUUGCCAUCAUGCACAUUCCACAGCAACUGCUGCUUCCUUAGCGCAAGCAAUGAACUUUAUCAAAAGAGUCGCGAUCGGUUUCUGGAAUCAAGUCAACAAAUUGAAGCACUUGUUGAGAGAUUCUCACGCGAAACAAACAUAUCUGAUGGACCACCAAAUACAGGUGUUGUUGGAAAAAUUCCAUUAGCUUAUGGAAAGCCGAGUGAGUUGAGUGUUUGGGGACUUUUGUUCAUCAGACUUCUUGCUUCAACUUUCUCAUGUGGAUUGUCAGGAUUGAAAACACUUUUUUUGAGGAUCUUUGCACUGCCAGCUUUAUUGAGUGUUUUAUGGUUGUUUUACAGUCAGAUUGGAGAUGAUCAACACGGAUUUUUCAGCAAGAACAGCAUGAUUUUGAAUGUUCUUGGACUUUCUUAUGGUGCUGGAAUACUGACAACUGUCAUUUUAUUCCCAAUCUGGCGACGAAGAUUCAUUCAAGAGUACUGUGAAGGGCUUUACUCGGGUGUCACCUUACUUGGAGCUUACAAUUUUCAUUCAAUGCCUUUUUCAUUAAUAAGUGCAGCAAUUGGCGCAAGUGUCAUCUAUCCGAUGGUGCUUGAUCCACAAAAUCUUGAUACUGGAUAUCCAUUUCUUUAUAUUCUCGUCGCUUUGUGGACAAGUUUUGUAUUGGCUGAACAACUCGUAAUAUUCUUCCUGUUUUUCAUUCGAUCGAGAAUUAAUGCUGCUAUUGCUGUCAGCUAUAUUAUCUGCAUUUUCAUCACAUUAGCAAGUGGAACUGUACGAUCAUAUCGAGGCUUACCUUCCAUUCUUCAAGAAAACACAAAGGGAAUUCAUUCUCGUUAUGCUUCUUCUUUGUUGCACAGUGCAAUCUUUUUAUCACGAAGAAUGGUUUGUAUUCCUAAGAAUGGAAUUGUCUGUCCAAGUCCCAGAGAAUUUUUAUAUGACAGAUUGGGAAAAUCUGAUCCUAAUGAAGUUACAGACAUCUCGAUUUCAAUCGCAUUCGCUAUUGGAAUUGCUGCAUUCAAUAUGAUUAUCUAUUUAAUUCCAAUGCCUAAAUGUGUACGAGAUAAUUAUCUUCAUGGCAAAGAUCUGAAAAAGUCGGCACAAGUUUGCAAAAGAUGGAAUGAAGUUAUCAGCACUAAUGGUUCUACAAUGAGCAAACUGCCACUUAUGCUAAAUGAGGAUUGGCAACAAUUAAACAAAUCUUUUGAUUUGAUGAAACUUUCCCGUUCUUUUCACACAAUCACCAUGAUGAGUCCUAAAACUAACAUUAAGCUCGUAAAAGCAAUACAGAAGUAUUCAGAACAUCUGCAUCAUGUGGAAAUUAUCGAGACUGGCUUGCCUAAAAAAUUUUUUGUCCAAAUCCUCAAAACUUUGAAAGCGUGCACAAAACUUACACUUCGUGAUGUUUACACAACUGGUUCUUAUAAAGUUCCAAAAGGAUUAAACCUCGAAAACUUAAAAACAUUAACCUUGAAGUCAAAAGAGAAAUACUCCAGCAUGAGUUCACUAAUCGAUAAUAUGCAGAAUUUAAUGGAAAUUCUGGGCAAGGCAAAAACAAAUCUUCGUACUUUAAAAAUUAGAAUGGCUGAGAUUGGUUUCACAAUGGAUGAUAGUGAGAAAGAUACAUUUGUAGAGUUUCUAUCAAAGCAUGUGGACCUAGAAGUUCUAGCCGUACAUUGUACAUACACUGACUUCUUCAAAUCCUUCUCUCUUGUCAAUCUCGAUAAGUUUAAAUUCAAAUUGAAGAAGCUCGCAAUAAAUAUCCCUAAAGUGAGUGAAACAACAACCGAAAAUGAAAACGAAACAUUUUUCAUGGGUUUCCUCGAUAGACAAAAGGAAACAUUAAAAGAAAUCGAAAUCAAAAGAUUUGCAAGUGCCGAAAUUCUUCAAUUCGUCGUGAAAAAUAUGUUAAUUAAUAAACUUACAACUGAUGUCACAGAUUUUCCAACUUCUUCGUCAUUCUACAAUUCAUUGCGGCCUAAUAGACAUUUAACGUCACUUUCGAUCAAAGACGAAUUAUCAAAUGAAGAUGUAGCUCAAGGUAUUUUUCAUGUAUUCCCGGCCUUACAACGCUUUGUGAUUGACGAUUGGAAAAAUGACAUUGCUGACGAAAUUUUACUUUCAAUAGCAAAUAAUCUUCAACAUUUAAGUUAUUUAUCAAUUCCGAAUCUCCCAACAAACUUACCAGAAAUUCCUAUACAAAAUCUCAAAACAAUUUAUUUAGAUCUUGUUGAUGAUGUCAACACAUGGAAAGAUUUUUUAAUGAAUAAUCCAACAAUUGAAGUUAUUUUCGUGAAGUGGUUGACUGAUUCGGAAUCUUUAAAUCAUGAAAUGCUUAACGAGAUCACGAUGCGUUUGCAACAACUCAAAGAAAUGAAUGUUGGUGCUCGUUUUCAACCAAGUAUAAAUGAUUUGGGAAUGAUGAGUCGCAAUUGUCCAAAUUUUAAAAGAUUGGAAAUUUUCGAUCCAGCUAAUGCUGAUAGAGAUAACGCAACUUAUGGACAACUGAAUGUUUUCUAUUCAACAACUCAAGCAGCUGGAGAAAUGUUCGAUAACAUGCCUUCGAUGUGGUUACCUGAAAUUGAUGCAUGGGAUUCAGAUUAUGAAGAUGACGACAGUCGAUCAAUUGAUGAAUCUUUAAGCUUUGAUGAUAUUUUUGAUUCGGACUCUGAUUCUGAUAGGAUGUGGCAUAUUUAUGGUGGAGGUUUGGGACAUUUUGAUGAGUGGUGAUUCGAUUCCCUUAUAAAAGAAACAACCAUGAAAUGAUCUCUCGAAAGACUCAUAACUUGUUCAUUCCAUAAAUCUGAAUUCUCAUCACCAAAUAAUAAUAAAUUGUUGAAAUAUUGUUUAAA